AUGCACAAUUCCAUACUCCUCGUCCUCUGGGCAGGCGUGUCGUUCGUCCUUUACAAGCUGAUUGCAGUCGUCCUUACAGAGCGCCACCACCGCAAUGCAGCUGCAAGACUGGGCUGCGAGCCAGCCCAUCAAUCCAAGAUCUUUGAUUUCCAGGGCAUCCGAAAUGUGUCACGAAUGAUCGCUGCGGACAAGCAGUCGCGGUUUCCUGAUUACCUGAAGGCUCGUGUUGAUACUGCCUGUGCAGAGGAAGGGAAGACCAUCACAACCUUCUACCAGAAGGUGUUGGGCACGAGGUCCGCCUUUACGGUCGACCCAAAGAAUAUUCAGGCUGUGCUUGCUACACAGUUUAAGGACUUUGGACUAGGCGAGAGAAGGAACGGCAACUUCUCUCCGCUACUUGGACAGGGCAUUUUUUCUACUGAUGGUGCAGAAUGGCAACAUGCUCGGAGCUUGCUGCGACCUCAGUUUGCCCGUGAGCAAGUCAGCGACCUUGAUCUUGAGGAAGAGCACAUCAAGAACCUUAUGCGCGUUCUGCCAGCCGGCAAAGAUGGCUGGACAGAGAUCACUGACAUCCAGCCUCUCUUCUUUAGACUGACCAUCGACUCUGCUACUGAAUUCCUCUUCGGUGAGAGCGUAGACUCGCAACUUGCUGUUCUACCGAACUAUACUUCAAGCCGACCGCCCAUGGCUGUCAAUGAAAAAGACUUCGCCAACUCAUUUGACCAAUCUCAGGCUGCGGUUGCUAUGGCUUCUCGCAUGGGCGAACUGUGGUGGAUAGCGUUCGAUAAGACCUUCAGACAGCAUCGCGAUAUCUGCUGGCAGUUUAUUGACCAUUACGUACAUAAAGCUCUAUCUCAGGAGAAGAUAUCUGAGAAGCGGACGGUUAACGGAAAGCAGAAGUAUGUCUUCCUCGACGCACUCGCAGAAUCGACACGGGACCCUGUUGAACUUCGGUCCCAUAUGAUCUCGAUCCUGCUUGCUGGCCGCGAUACAACAGCGUCGCUGCUUUCCUUUGUCUUCAUGCUCUUCACAAAACACCCCGAAGUGUACCAAAAACUCCGCACCGUUGUUUUGGAGAACUUCGGCACUUACAACAAUCCCCGCAACAUCACCUUCGCAACUCUCAAGUCUUGUAACUACAUCCAGUGGGUCUUGAACGAGACUCUGCGUCUUUACCCGGUCGUGCCUCUUGACGGUCGCCGUGCCCUUAAGGACACCACUAUCCCCACUGGAGGCGGACCGAAUGGUACAUCACCAGUCUACAUACGCAAGGGCCAGCAGGUUGACUACAGUGUGUAUGUGAUGCAUCGACGCAAGGAUCUCUGGGGUCAGGACGCCGAUGAAUUCCGCCCAGAUCGAUGGGAUGGAAGGAAGUCUGGUUGGGAGUACUUGCCAUUCAAUGGUGGGCCUAGGAUCUGUAUUGGCCAACAGUUCGCGCUUACUGAAGCUGGCUACGUGCUUGUGCGGUUGGCGCAGCGGUUUGAGGAGAUUGUAGGCGUUGGUAACAGCUGGGAGAGCACAGAAGACGGUGGCCAGGGAUACGUUAAGACAAAGGUCAGUCUCACUGGAUGUCCUGCGGAUGGUGUGAAGGUCAGGAUGAAGGAGGCAAUGGAGUAA